AUGCAGUAUCUCUUCCCGGCUCUCUCGGCCAUCGCCGCCGCCGUCGCGCUCGUCAUUGCCGAGCAGCAGGUUACCCUCAAGAUCCACGUUGGUCCCGGGAAGUUCUACGUGACCCCGAUCGGCCAGCAAUGCGCGUUCAACAACUGCAUUGAUCCCCAAGUGUACCCAUACGUGAGCGUUAAACAGGAUUACAACUCUCCGAAGCUGCUGUGCCCGUACCCGAACCCGUACAACAAGAAGCUGGGCAAGCUGCACGACGAGGAGAGCGACGACGACGUUGAGCAAGAUCAGUAG